CUGGACCUCAUUCGCGCAGUGAACUUAACUCCGUGACGAAUCCGCAAUUACUCGCUUCUCUUUCUGCUCCCAUUGUGCUACACAACACACACCUCUUCCGCCCACACCUGUCCUACAAUGAGUUUGAACAACUGCAAGCAGAACGGCCCAACGAAAAUGCCUCUGGACAAUCCUAUGUUUACACUAUUCAAUCGAUUGCCAACUGAACUAAGGCUGAAGAUUUGGGAAGCUGCACGGCCCGGUCCAAGAGUCGUCAAUAUCAAAGAAAGGCUGGUGGAGAGGAACGGACAACCUACGUGGGCAUUAUGGUCACCAAGCAAGGCUCCAUCUCCUCUAUUUGCCUGCAGAGAAUCGCACCAUGUUGCUUUGAAGUUCUUUGUCCCAUGUUUUGCUUUUGCGAGCUCGAUCCCCGAAACAUACUUCGACUUCCGCACCGACACCUGCUAUCUUCGCUUCGAUGCAUUCGCAGACGACUGCGCGGAUGUAUUCGAAUUUUUCAUCCAGAGACUGGAGCGUAUCUAUGAUACCGACCACGUGCGCCAGGUUCAGAACCUCGCUGUUCUCUUGAAUCCAGAAGACGUUUCAGCUCGCGUUUAUCAACUGGCUCAAAUCCUGAGCUUUUUUGGCAGUAUUCAAAAGCUCACCGUUGUGGUAGGCCAUUUUGACCGGGAGGAGGAUGAUCAGGGAGACAUCCUAUUUAUCGAGGCUAUCGAUGUUACCAAGACGAUCCAGAACUAUGAGGCCCUCUCCCAAGAGCCACCCCAGUUUCAUGAGACAAUGGAAACACCUUUGGCUAUGGACUUGAUCUCCCCAGCUGAAUUGGAAAGCUCUCUCGAGAAUAGGCGUCACUUCAACCGCAUAUUGACACAGGAACGAAUAGAGGAGGGUCGUGAAGUCGAAGAUUUGGGAGAUAUACCUAUGCCGCAUAUCGAGUACAAGUCGGUAAUCACAGGCAGUCUGAAAAGCCGGCUUGAUAGUUUGAGGGAAGAGUAUCGGCAGAAGAUUAAAGAGCAUGACGACCAAAGCGGAGAAUGAUGGCUACACCAACGCAGAAUUCGGCCACACCAAAGUAGCAGCGAUCUAGUAACCUAGAUACAGGAGGCGAGCUUGAUUGCACGACGCGAGUUCCAGUUCUCUGAGUACUGAUCUCCGGACUCUCGAAGCCGGUGUUGGACCUAGCUGAGUCAUCAAGGUGUAUUUAGGCAGGAAGCUCACACUCUCUAUCAAUCCAAGCCUCCUUCACCUCAUUAAUCGACCCACCUCACCGGAUUCUGAAGCUGGAUCCUUCAUCCAACAUAUAGCUCCUUUUCUCCUUGGGUCGUGAUUAAGACUAGCUGUCGGUUGAUGAAGCUGUAACUUAUAACAUACG